GCGAAGGUGUCUAGCGAACAAACAUUUCAGCAGAAUGACAGUUUAGGACUCCGGAGUGCAACCUGGCAUCUCCAGUAAAUGGAAGCAAGAGCUGUGACUCGCCGUAGGCGCCCGGCUGAGGCAAGUGCUGGCCUAGGCGACGCGGUCAGGGAAGAGUCAAGUUUCUCUCGCGAGCUUUCUGCUCCGGAGGAUGUUGAAGUCAUGAAACCUGGGAACGCGACGGGCGUGGCAGCCCGUCGCAUGGCGUCACGCUGGGGCCGUGGGGGCGAUGUCGCCUACCUGCUCGUUGUGUCGCUUUCUUUCCCCCUCUAUUGGCUGCGCGUGAUGGACUGGCGGCUGUGCUCACCCCCUGAGGGCGGCCUACCCCUCGGUGGGGGCGGAGGCGGAGACAGCAGCGCGGGGGUUGCAGGAGGCCUCAGCAGCAGCAGCAUCAGCAGCAUCGAUCAGGACGGGUGGCUCAUCACCCCGCCCUCCCAGGAAUGGGCGGCCGGAUACCCCUGCUACUGCGGCAGCGGCAGCAGCUGUAGCAAUUUUGCCAAGCUGGCGUACGUUGCGGCGGCGCCGGGGCCCUUCCUCAGGAGCCUGGUGUGGCCCGUGUGCUGGUCGGAGAUCCAAUUCACCAUCACCUUCUGGUGUGUGAUCGUGUGGGGCGCGGCGCUGGUGGCGCUGACGCCCCGCCGCGCCUACAGCCUCGGCCGGCCCGCCAGGCUGUUGCCCAUCGCCAUCCGCUGCUCCAUGCAGUACGAGGGGGCGGCCUCGCUGUUCUUUGUGCUGGCGCUCGCGCUGCCGCCCCACAUGCACCUGGCCGUGGCGCUGGUGGACCUGGUGGAGGUGGCGGUCAUACACGCCAUGCAGGCGGCAGCAGCAGCAGCAGCAGCUACUGCCGCUACUGCCGCUACUGCCGCCACUGCCGCGGCUGCAGCUACUGCUACUGCCGGCGGCGGUGGCCUCGUGGGUACAGCAGCAGCAGCAGCAGCGGGUGCGGCAGUGGCGGUGCCGCCGCCGGCGGCGGACGUGCUGGAGGGGUCGCUGUCUCCCCUGUCUCAGGUGCUGCUGCAGCUGGCGUGUACGGCGCUGGCGGCGUGGCUAGCGCGGGCGCUGUGGGGGCAGCGGGAGCGGGGGGGAGGAGCGGGGGCAGGGUCGGGAGGAGGGUCGGGAGCGGCGCAGGCGGAGGCGCAGACGCCGGUCGUGGCCAUUGCUGGUGCUGGCGCUGCUGGUGCCAGCAGGGCAGCCGCAGGAUGGGAGGAGGAGGAGGCGGAGGCGGAGGAGGAGAAGGGAGGCGCGCGGUCCAAAGCUGACGCGGCAGCGAAGGCUGCAGGAACGGCUGCGGCUGGUGGUGCCGCUGCCCGCAGCGCGGCCGCAGGAUUGGAGGAGGAGGUGGAGGAGGAGCAGGAGGAGGCGCCCAAAGCGGCGGCGGCGACUGCAGGGGAGGCGGCUGGCAUGCAGCCGGUCAAGGCGCUGCCGCCGCCGGCGCCGCGGCCGCCGUCGCCGCCGGUGGGCUUGGGGGCGGCGGGCUCUGCGCGGUCUCUGACUGCCUCGCUGGCCCAGUGCCGGGAACUGAUGUCGCGACCAAGCGUGUAUGAGGGCGUCCUGGCGGUCGCGCACGUGUACGCCAAGCUGCACGGCGUGAACCCGCCCGACCUGCAGCCACACACCCGGCAGCGCCUGGCGUUGGCGGCGCUGGGCUGUAGCAGCGGCGGCGGCAACGGCAGUAGCAGCGGUGGUGGCAUCGGCAGUAGCAGCAACGGCAGUAGCAGCAGCGGCAACGGCAACGGGCGGCUGCAGCCGGCGGCCGCCGUGGUGGCGGUGUUGGAUGUGGCGGUGCGGGCGGGCUGCGUGGAGCUGCUGCUAGACAUGGUGGUUGGCGGGGUCGGUUAUGAUAACGGUUAUGAUAACGGUAACGGCGGCGGCGGCGGUAACAGUGUGGCGGCGGCCGCGGCGGCGGCGGCGGCCUGGGAGGCGGCGGCGGGGCCUGCGCCGCCCGCGACGGCAGCGGCGGCGGCGGCGGCGGCAGCGGCGGCGGCGGCGGACAUCUACGCGCUAGACGCAGAUGAACGUGAUGAAGACGACGAGCGGGUUUACCCAGCAGCACUCCAUGCUUCUGCUGCAACCCCGGCAUUCUCCGCCGCUGCCGGCGGUGCCUUGCGCGCUUCCCCAUUCGCGCUCCCGUCGCCGCCAGCCGCGCUCUCCUCGUCGCCGCUGGCCGCCCUGGCACCGCCGCACCGGGCGGUGGCGUCUGCGGCCUCUGACGGAUUGCUGGGAGAGGGGGAGGGCGAGGCGGCGUUGGAGGCGUCGGCGCUUCGGGGCGGGCGGGGGCUUCGGGCCAGCGUGUCGGACAAGAGCCGCAGCGGCAGUGGAGGUGGAGGCGGAGGUGGAGGCGGCGGCGAGGGACACAGGAUUGCUGCAAUCACCCGCUCUGCGGCGGCGGCCGCAGCCGCCGCUGCGGCGGCGGCAGGGCAUGCUGGCGGCAGCGGACGUGGCAGCGGCGCCGGAGCCGGCGCCAGCGCCGGUGCCGGCAGCGCUGCCAGCAGCAUGCAUGUCAGUGGGAGCGGCACCGGCGGCGGCGGUGUAGGCGGUGCCGGCGGUGGGGCGUGUGGGGGUGGGCUGGCGGAUGACGCCGCGUCCACUGCCACAGCCUGGCAGGUGUCCUCCUCCUCCAUGUCCUCGGGCGCCUCGGCCUUCUCCAUCCGACACCCCGGCAGCAGCGACGGCCGCGACGCCGCCGCAGCCGCCGCCGCCGCCGCGGGCGCCACCUCGUGCGGAACCGGGGACCGCGUCAUUGCGGCGGCGCAGGCUCAACCGCAGUUGCAGCAACAGCAACUGCAACCGCCGCAUCAGCAACUGCAGCAGCAGCAACCGCCACACAGGCGGCGGCCGCCAACGCCGGCGACGGAGCCCCCCGCCGCCGCCGGCCCGGUGGUGGUGCGGCUGAGCAUGACCGUGUGCGGCACCGCCGACUCACUCGGCGGCGGCGGCGGCGGCGGCGGUAGUGGCGGCCGCGGCGGCGGCGGUGCCGCCGCGGCGGCUCAUUCGCCGCAACAGCCGCUACGGCCGCUACAGCCGCCGUCUGACCUGGAGCUGCUGGCGCUGUACGGAGGGUCGUACCUGCCCGUGACCGACAUGGAGUGGGGGCCGGAGCUGCGGCCCGCAGCCACGUCGGCGGCGGCUGUAGCGGCGGCGGCGGCGGCGGCGGCAGGGCCGCAGCUCGUGGAGCGGGAGCUGGCGGCGACGCUGACGCUGCCGGCGGGCGCCGCCGGCGGCCCCGUCAGCCUGAUGCUGCUGCGCCGCGGCGGCGGCGGCAGCGGCGGCAAUGCGGCGGCGGGGACGGUGGGUCGCGCGCAGACGCUGCUAGUCGGCAGCGUCGACACGGUGGAGGUGCUGAUGGCCGCCGCUGGCGGCGGCGGCGGCGGCGGCGGUGGCGGCGGUGGCGGCGGUGGCGGCGCCGCCAGCUGGGUGUCCUGGACGUCGGCGGACGUGUUCGGACUGACGCCGCUGCACUACGCUGCCGUACUGACGGACGGCGGCGCGCUGGCGGCGCAGCUGCUGCUGUCGUACCCUGCCGCCGCCGCCGCCUGGACGGCCGAGGCGGCGGGGGCGGGGGCGGGGGCGGCGUGGGUGCCGUCGCCGGCGGCGUUUGCGGCGCAGGCGGGAGUGGACUUGGGGCUGGCGCUGGAUGGGGCCGUGCGGGCCAAGCAGGAGCGGAGGGCGCGGGAGGAGCAGGCGCGGCGGGCGCGGCAGCGGCGGCAGUGCGCGGUGCUGGAGGCGGCGAGGGCGGUGCAACAGACGGAGGCGGCGGCGGCAACGAAGGAGCGGGCGCCAGCGAUGCCAGCUGCUCAGCCUGAGCCUACGGCCGUAACACCGCAGCUACACAAGGCCGCUGAGUUUGACAAACAUGCGGACGCCGAACCCAAUGCUGGAACCCGAUCCAAAGCUUCUUCAAGCGAUUUUAAGAAGCCGACGGCGACGGCAUCGCAGCAGCAGCAGGCCAUGCCGGUGCCAGCGGAGAUGGCCGAUGGCGAUUGCGCCGAGUGUUACAAGCAGCGUCGUGUCACGCACACGGGCAGCGGCGGCGGCGGUGGUGGCGGCGCGGUGUUGGCUCUAGCGGCGGCGGUGCAGCAGCCGCUGCUGGCACUUCACAUGAUGGGCUGCGCGGCGUCUGUGGUGCAGGCCCUGAUCCAGCUGUCGGCGGCGGCCCGCAGCUCGCUGUUUGCGCUGUCGCUGCUGCACCUGUUGGGAGCCGCGCUGGCGCUGGGCUGCAUGGCAGUGCGGCCCGCGCGCAACGGCUCCGCCGCCGCCUCGGCGGCCGCCGUCGCCGCCUCCAUCGUCCGCGGCGCCGCCGGCACGAGCGGUGUUACCGCCGCCGGCGGCGGUGGUGGUGAUGGCGCUGGCGGGUUUGGUUGGGUGGUUUCGGCGGCGGCGACUGGCGCGGCCGGCGGCGGCGGCGGCGGCGGCAGCGGUGGCGGCGGCGGGCUGUGGGGCGGCGGCGGCGGCGGCUGGGGUGCGCUGCAGGUUGUGCUGCUGGGAGUGACGCUGCUGCAGACGUGGCAGCUGCCGGGCCGGCUGCGGGGGCAGGCGGCGGCGGUGGCGGGGGCCGGUGGCGCGGGAGGCGAGGGGCAGGGGCGGGGCGAGGGCGCGGCGUGGGUUGCGGUGGCGGGGGCGGCGGCGCCGUCUCGGGGCGCGGGCGGCGCUUCUUCUGUGCUGAUGUUGCAGGUGGGGCUGGCGGCGGUGGAGGCGGCGCUGGCAUGUGUGACCAUGCUACAGGCGAGUCGCGCCCGAGUAGUUGGUAAAAUGAGUGAUUAAUCAUGCCGGCGUAAUCAUGCUAGCGCACUGCGAAUAAAGGUAGUCACGGUGGUAAGAGUGGUAUGGCGCAUAGCGCGCAUACGGUACUCAUGCUUUGUGGGGGCGAUUGUGUUGGGCGGGGGCACAAUAAUAAUAAUGAUGUGCGGUUGCUAUGCGCGGUGGGCUGAAUAAUGAUGAUAUGAUGGACAGGUGACGAGAUCGAGCGAGGGGCAAUUACGCCUGUUGUCACGACCGGCUAACUUUACCGCCUGCAUGUGUGGAAAGACUGAGAGCAUGCAAGCGUGCAGGCACGCAGACGGGGCCCCCUAUCGUGCCGUGCUGAGACCUGUGCAUCCCGGAUUCCUGCGGGCCCCCUCGUAGCCUACUGGUAUAGCUGCGGAGCCACGAAGGCCUCUCGCAAUCUCGCCAACCACACAUACGAAGCUUUCCCCGCGUGCGUUUCACACACAGUAGAACGCUGACGGCCGGCGCGGAGAGGGGUUCCGGUAUUCUAAUUUGCUCGAUUUGGGUCGUUGGAGGCUUCAAGCACAGUGAGGUUCCGGUCGGAAGGGACGCUUACCCCCGCGCUUAGUGCGCGACGACGGCGCUCUCGUGCUGCGUGCCCUGUUGUACAGAACUGAGAUUCUUGGGAUCUUGG